AGAAGCAAGCGCAGCGCUGGCCCUCAAGCUACUGUGCGUCCUUUGCUAUAGCCCGCUCUGCAGUCAUUCAUUGCUCUGGAGUAAGGUAGCUGCGGGAGAGACAGCUGCUUUUUGCUUCCCUAGGAGAAAUUGCUGAUGUGUUCUCCCGUGGAGAAGAGAAAUCACGCAAGGCACAAACCAUGAAUUACGUUGGACAGUUAGCAGGGCAGGUCUUUGUGACAGUGAAGGAGCUCUAUAAAGGAUUAAAUCCGGCCACGUUGUCUGGAUGCAUUGAUAUCAUUGUUAUCCGCCAGCCUAAUGGAAACCUCCAAUGUUCACCUUUUCACGUACGCUUUGGAAAAAUGGGAGUUCUGCGUUCCAAGGAAAAAGUGGUUGACAUAGAAAUUAAUGGAGAAUCUGUGGAUUUGCACAUGAAAUUAGGAGACAACGGAGAAGCAUUUUUUGUAGAGGAAACAGAUGACAAAGAGGAGGCAAUUCCAUACCACUUGGCUACAUCCCCCAUUUUGUCCGAGGGAUCUUCUCUCAUGGAAUUACAGCUGAAGAGAAAUUCUGCUGAUAGGUUAAGGAGCAUGGACACUGCUGGUCCUUCACAGUUACCUAUCCCUACUUCUCCUUCUGCCCCUGAAUCCAUGAUUGCAAGUUGUUCUGUCAAGAAAAGAAGGAAGAGGAGAAGGAAAUCCGCCCAUAAAAUAGACACUUCAAAAAGAGACGAAAAUGCCGAUACUACUGAAGACGAAAACAUGUUCCCUAUAGAAAUGAGUUCCGAUGAAGAAAAUGAGCUGCUAGAUACUACUUCCAGAUCAUCUGUCCCUGAUUUCUGCAGGGAUGAAGACAUCGGGGUGGUUUCUUCUAUAAAUGUGCUUGCUCAUCCCCACUCAGAUGGAGAAUGGACAUCCAGACAGAGUAAACCUAGAACUUGCAUAGGGAGGUCCUCUCAUCUCACUGUUCCAGCAGAGGGAAGCUUAUCUAGUUCUUGUCCUGACCGGACCUCCCACUGUCCUGCUGCAGACAGCCCUUCAGAUUCGCGACCUCUCACUCCUAAAAGUGAUUCUGAAUUAGUCAGUAAACCUCUGGAAAGAAGCAUUGCGAACAAUAAUCCUCAGAUUCAUUGGGACUGGGGAGAACUACCUCAAGCCACAAAGACUGCCAUCCCACACAAGCCAAAAGAAUCCAGCACCUCAGUGACUGUGAAUCCUUCUGGAAGCACUCACUUUCGAGUCAUCCAGAGUACUGAUAUGGAAGAGGUUCAUCACCUCUCUUCCCUGACUGACCUUGGGCAGGAUGAGACGGUGUUGAUUGUGGAAGAAAUAGAGCUCCUGGCACCCGAAACAUCCCAAACAGAGAUAGAGACUUUAGGGGCAGCAGCUCCUCCGCUGCCGGCCGGUGAAGAAUUAAAGCCAGCCCCAACGUGCUUGAUGCAGCCAGCCAGCAAAACAGAUUCUCCCUCGAAAAAAAAGGAUAAACGGAGCCGACAUCUUGGUGCUGAUGGUGUAUAUUUAGAUGAUCUGACUGACAUGGAGCCAGAGGUUGCUGCACUCUAUUUUCCUAAAAAUGGUGAUCAUAAUCCCCUCUCGAAGAACACGAGUGAAAACAGUCCCCGCUCAGCCAAUCAAUCCCCUCAAUCAGUCGGAAGCUCAGGGGUGGACAGUGGUGUCGAAAGCACUUCGGAUGGAAUCCGAGACCUGCCAUCCAUUGCCAUUUCGCUUUGUGGCGGACUGAGCGACAAUAAAGAAAUAUCCAAAGAAAACUUUUUAGAGCAAGAAGUCUCUUAUCAGCAGUUUGUGGACAACCCAGCUAUUAUUGAUGAUCCUAACCUUGUGGUGAAGAUUGGAAACAAAUACUACAACUGGACAACAGCAGCUCCGCUCCUCCUGGCAAUGCAGGCAUUCCAGAAACCUUUGCCAAAGGCCACUGUGGAUUCUAUAAUGAGGGAUAAGAUGCCCAAAAAAGGUGGAAGAUGGUGGUUUUCAUGGAGAGGGAGGAAUAACUCUAUCAAAGAGGAGGCAAAGCCAGCACAAGGUCUCAAUGGAAAAGAAGAGAAGAGUAUUGCAGACAGAAUCAAAGAUGAUUCUUCUUCAAGUGAUGAAGAUCACCGAACUAAAAGCGAAACCACCCACCUUCCACUGUUGUCCGGAAUAGGUUAUAAAAAGAGCCUUCGGCUCAGCUCAGAACAGCUGAAAAAUCUCAACCUUAAAAAUGGUCCCAAUGAUGUCACUUUUAGUGUCACAACACAAUAUCAAGGAACAUGUCGCUGUGAAGGCACCAUUUAUUUGUGGAACUGGGAUGACAAAGUCAUUAUUUCUGACAUUGAUGGCACCAUCACAAGAUCAGAUACUUUAGGUCAUAUUCUACCUACCCUUGGCAAGGACUGGACACAUCAAGGCAUUGCUAAAUUGUAUCACAAUGUGAGCCAGAAUGGAUACAAGUUCUUGUACUGUUCAGCCCGUGCUAUUGGGAUGGCAGAUAUGACUCGAGGUUACUUGCAUUGGGUGAAUGAGCGGGGAACGGUGUUACCGCAAGGGCCUGUGCUAUUAAGUCCCAGCAGUUUGUUCUCAGCUUUUCACAGGGAAGUGAUAGAGAAGAAGCCAGAGAAAUUUAAAGUUCAGUGUUUAACAGACAUAAAAAACUUAUUUCAUCCUAACACAGAACCUUUUUAUGCUGCCUUUGGCAACAGGCCUGCUGAUGUGUACUCAUACAAGCAAGUUGGAGUUUCAUUAAACAGAAUAUUCACUGUUAAUCCAAAAGGAGAACUAAUACAAGAACAUGCUAAGACCAACAUUUCAUCGUAUGUGAGACUUUGUGAAGUGGUGGAUCAUGUAUUUCCCUUGCUGAAAAGAAGCCAUUCUUCAGACUUCCCCUGUUCUGACACCUACAGUCAGUUCACAUACUGGAGGGAGCCACUGCCACCUUUUGAAAAUCAAGAUAUUCAUUCUAGUUUGCCAUAGCUCUUUUGAAACAUCUUGGCGGCAUCUCAACAUCUCAGCUCUUCUGUGCUUCAGUUGUUCAACUGGAUUUUGUGCCUCAAAACAAAAUUGGGGAUGAAGUGGUUUAAAAAAAGAAUCAGUUCAGAAAUUACCUUUGUUCUUUAAAAACAUUUCUGAAGGUUGUCCAUCCGGCUCUUCACCAGCAUAAUGCUUAAAAGAGGUACCCAAGGCCAUGUAUUCUUUUGAAAGGGACAGUUCCGAGUGCUGUGGUAGUGGGAAUAUCAAAGUCCUCUAUGGUCUUCAGUGUUUCCAUGUGAGCUUUGAAAGCACAGUGGUGUGUUUGCCCCUUGAAGCAUAACCGGCGCCAUUCCAUCCCCUACUUCUUGGGUAGAGGAAGAGGAAACAACUCUAAACCUCUGAGGUGUAACCCAUACAUUUUCUAUGCUCCCUGCCCCCCCCCCCCCAAAACGACCUUCCAUGAAAUACGUUGAGAUCAAGUGAACAAAAUUCAGUCAAUCGAUAAGCUUAACACAGCGUUGCUGUGAUCACUAGCACUGCACUAGUUUUUAUUGCUAACGGUAUGAUUCUGACCUCCAAUUCUGUCAAUAUUGCCAAAUUGUUCUUUCAAUUUCAUUAUUACGAUGAAAAUCUUUUUUUUUUAAAGGAAUUGAAUGCACUUCGAUUAUCAUUUGCAUACGACUAGUUGGCUCUAUUAAGCUUAGGCCAUAUUUUACCAAACAAAACCUUGAGUCUGCUACCAUUACUAUACACUGUGUUUCGUCUUAAUCUUGCUAGAAGAUUUGGACCCACCAGAGGAUCCGCUGGAGUUUACUACUAUGACAUAUGCUUGUCAAAUAGGGUGUCUUAGAAAGGAUACUUGGCAGUGGAGUCCUCUGCCUUUCCUGGUUUCUUUUCCAUGAAGAGCAAUGCCAUUUAAGUAGAAGUGUGCUCUUCCCAUCUUACAUAAUAAUUAUACGCAAAGGUUUCUGCUUCCAAUUGCAAGGGAAACAUGUCUGGAAGUAUUUUAGUGAACUUUCUUGAAUUGCUUUGUUGCUGAUUCAGCAUAUUUUAUUUGCACUACGUGAAUUAGAUGUGAAGUGUGAAGGAGUUGGCUGAUUUUAAAUCCUUUGAAGAUUUAUCUUUGGGUAUUUUUCUUUUUAUUUUACCACACAAUUUUGAGAUUAAUAUGAUUUGGGGUGUCCUACAUUAUAGACAGCCAUUACUGAGAGUUUUUCCUUUACAUUUCAUUUUUUUCUUGAUGCAAUUAGGAGAAAUCAUUAUCUUCCUUUUUUUUACAUUUGACAGUCCUGAGAUUCAAUAUUAUAAUGAAUAUUUUAGAUUGCUUUUGAGAUGAGCUGCUUUUUACAAGUUGCUGGCCUUCUUUAAAAUGCAGAUUUCCAUUGUUUAUACUGUAGAAUAUCAAAUCUUUUUUUUAAGAAGAAAAUCCUUGCUUUUAUUAAACUAUUUCCUUUUAAUAUUUAUUGGGAGGUUGCUAGGUAAUCAGUUUAAGACUAGACAUAAAGACAACAGUAAGUGUUUUUUAAGGUUAGAGACUGGGCAAAAUUAAUGGUGUUGAGAUGAUUAGAACAUAUGUUAAAAUAUCUUUCUCACUGUGUUGCAAUGUCACUUUAGUACUUUCCUCUUGCUGAUCUCUGAGUAAAUAAUACCCCUUAGAAGAAAUGGUUUGGAAUCCUUCUUAUAUGAAUAUUAGAUAUACUUUGUUUACCAUUAUAUAGAUUCUGCUUCUUUUAAAAGGGGACUUAGAAUUCUGUCUAUUUGUGUUUUCAUAAUUGCACUCUAGCAGCUGCCAAAUAUAGUGGCCAAAUCCAGCUAAAGUUCAUUAUAUAAAGUUAAAUUACUUUCACUAACUUGACCUAGAUGGUUUCCCAUAAAUAAUGACUUGAAAGUCCCAAUGAAGUCAUUGGGCCUAACUUUUGGAAAAAAUAUAAUGGAUUGCUGUGUUAGUAACCUCUGCCUUUAACUGGAUUUAGGAUCCAAAGCUGCAAGCCAAUUUUAAGUAAGGAAAUUAAUUUGCCAUUAAAUCAGUGGUGCUUUUACCACUGCUAGUGAAAGUUACAUUCAGUAUCAUAGCUUGUCAGUCUUUAAUGAAUUAAUUUCACACUGGCUCCUACAGUGCACAUUCCGCCAAAUAAUUAUCCCGUUAGCUUUAUGCUGCAACUGAUACAGCUACUCAGAAAUAAGCCCCAUCAGUACAGUUGGAUUUCAUCAUAUGUUAAUUGUGUCUAAAAUUUGCAAUUUUAAUCCUGUAAGACAGCCCACACGAUUAAAUCGUAUGUUGUAGAUUCUGUUCUCAACUUACAAUCUUUGGAAUGAAGAUUGAUUCAAAUCAGUAUUGUCGGUGACCAUAGCUAGAAAUUGGUUUUAGGUUCUCAUUUAAUUCCUUCUGUGCUGUUAAUAUUUUUAUGAAUAGACAACCCUUUCUGAAGCAAUGUCACUGUUUCCUCUGAUUACUGUUCUCAGCAGUCCAAAGCAGCAUAUGUAAAAUAAAUAAAGUAAAACCAAAACUGCUCAAGCCCUAAAGCCACUUGCUUGACAGGGAAGGAGAAAUGGAGUUGAGAUUUGAAUCCAUUUCUCUCUUUCAAACUCUGUGGUUCAGCUUUUUGAAAAAAA